GAUGUUGCUGCUUCUAAACCAAAGAACAAUUUUCACAAGCCAUACGGGGCCCUCUCCUUCCCUUCCUGUACUUUCUCCUUCCUUACUAAGUGCUGUUAAAGACACUGUGCGCAUGUGAGCCUGCAAUUUAAAGCAGCAUCCUGGAGGGCUGAAGCAUCCAGUCACUGCUUGGAGGAUUGGGAAGCCGGUGAGAAGAGAUGGGAUGUUGCAACGUGUGCGCCAGACGGGCUGGAUCUGCAGGAGGUGGCCAGGAUGUGGUAGAGCUACUGAAGAUAGGUAAUAGCAGAAAAUGGUCCAUCUCAGAAGCUCAAAGUGAAAGCUCCUUCCAUCCCAGGGAACCUGCAACCACAACCGAUACAGAAGAGAGCCUGGCAUUAACCGAAGAGGAAGAUUUUCAUGGGAGGAGCAGGGAACUAGACCCUCAGGGAGCAGCGCUAUGGGGAAGAACACAAGAGGAGCUCACGAACUUCCUGAUCACACAGCCCGUGCAGGGCUGGGAAGGGAGGAACAUCCAAUCCCUUGGGGAAAUAGUGUGGUCCUCCCUGGUUCUCCUGCGCAGCUGCCACAUGGAGGAGAUGUCAGAACGCUACCUCGUGCUGUUCUCCUUCCAGCUGUUGAUUCUGUCUGUGGAUCACAAUAAGAAGGCAUUUGUCUAUGAGGGCCUGCUUCCUCUUGCUGGAAUGAACGUCAGAGAAGUGCAGAGGGAUGGCAGCGGCAUGUUUGAAAUCACCGGGCCCAUGAUAGAGUCCAGGAUCAUCUCGUGCCUCGCCCCAGCUGAAUUCCACAUCUGGGUUUUCAGCAUGCAGCACCAAAUCAAGAUGGCAAAUGCUCAGUGUCCGCCCAGCCCCAGCAGCAAUAUUCCUUUUCUGGUGCCUUGUGAUGAGCAGUGGAAGAAACGGGAGCUGAUGAAGCACCUGCUGUGCAGCCCCAUUCUGAAGUGGGAAGGGACUCCCAUCCAGCACCUGGGGAGGAUACACUACGUGGCCAUGGUGCAAGUGGCUAAUGCCUGCAUGGGGGACUUUGAAGAGAGGCUGCUGGUCUUGUUUCCAGAAAACCUGGUUUUCCUCUCCGUAGACAGAGAGAGAACAGGAAUUGCAUACGAGGGAAAACUCCCCUUACAUGGCAUCCAGGCAAAGGAGAAAUCUGCUCUGCUGGGGAGGCUGCAGUUUGAAGUUACAGGAAGCCUGAUGGAGCCCAUCCUCAUCACUUGUUCCACUGCAGAGGAUUAUGAAAAAUGCCUCUUCCACCUACAGAAGCCAGAGCAAAACAUAGAGACGAUGACUCUCCAGCCACCGCCCAUGGUGCCAAAGAAAUCACGGCACCGUUAGUACUCCAGAGCUGAUGGAGACUACCCCAGCACUGAGUGGAGGAGAGGAGUGUGUGCUGAGGAGGAAUCCCAAAUUGUGGAUUAUGGCAGAGAAAUGAGCCUUCGUGCCUUCAGUCCAAACUUCUGCCAACUGAGGUUGGAAAGCAAAGGGUUGGUCGGAAAGCCUAACCUAAGCUGGACUAGUUCUUUUUUGUGUAUAGAUCGGCUGCUGUUCUUCUCUCUGGGCUGCUGCAAUGAGCAUGGUACCUCGUGGAUGUAAUCCUAGCUCGACUGCGU